CUCUGCUUUCACCCGUAAUUUCUUCUCCCAAGUCAAGGCAUCAAUGACAUUCACGACACUUCCAAUUCCCGGGGUCAAGCAUAGUCAGCGGAUUCUCACCUCGGUCAUCGAGGCCCGUGCCAAUGACAACAGCGAGCCCUGGGUCUCCGUGCCAGUCGACGACCAGGAUCUGUCCCAAGGGUAUCGCGACAUUGGGUUCAAAGAACUGAACAAUGCGGCCAAUCAUGCGGCCCACUGGUUGAAAGAGAAUCUCCCGGAGACGAUCGAGCCAUUCCAAUGUUUCGCUUAUGCUGGACCCAAAGAUCUUCGCUAUCAGAUCCUGGCCGUGGCGGCGGCAAAGCUGCAGAAAGUGAUGGUUCUCCCCUCUCCACUGGUCACGGCAGAGGCGCAGCUGCGAAUCCUUGAGAAGAAAGGAUGUACAGUCUACCUGAGACCAAUGUCCAUGGCAACUGCAGUGAAAGCAAUUCUGCGAGAUGCCCCCCACAUCCAAACCAUCACGGUACCCGACACCGAGGCGUUCAUGCAAGAGGCCGAAGCAGUACCCAUCAACUACAGCAAGACCUGGGAAGAAGGCAAAGCCGAUCCGUGGCUGGUGUUUCACACCUCUGGCACAACAGGCAACCCCAAACCCGUCACCUACACCCACGAGAUGAUGGCCGGGGCUGACGUGGUGGCCUCCCUCCCUGACGCCGGCGAGACUCAAAUCCACCACUACGCCCAACAGCGAUGCUACACCCCUCUCCCCUCACUCCACUUCGUCGGCAUGGCUCUCUCCCUCUCCAUGACCACCUUCAUCCACAUGACCGCCGUCCUCGGGCCCUCCAGCCCCCCAACCCCAACCCUCAUCCCCUCCAUCCUCCACCACGGCCGAGCCACCGUCGCCAUGCUGCCCCCAGCCCUCAUCGACGCCCUCUGCCUCACCCCAUCCGGCCUCCAAUCCCUCCGCAGCCUCAAAUACCUCCACUUCGCCGGCGCCCCUCUCUCCGCAGAAACCGCCUCUCUCCUCCUCCCUCACGUCCCCGUUAUCCCCGGCGUCGGCAGCACCGAAGCCGGCGGCUACUUCACGGCCAUCCAUCCCCACCGCACCGACGCAUGGGACUACCUCUCCUUCCAGAGCAAACACACGGGUGUAGAAUUUGAGCCCCGUCCCAACAACCUCCACGAGUUGGUCUUCAUCCGUCGUCCCUCUUGCGCCCUGCAGCCCAUCUUCCUCCUCUACCCGGACCUCGACCGCUUCGAAACCAAGGACCUCUGGCAAGAACAUCCCAUCCACAAAGGCCUAUGGAAAAUCAUCGGUCGAACAGACGAUUACAUCUACCUUUCCCAUGGAGACGGAUUAAACGCCUCCCUCCUGGAACCUGAAAUCACCGCCCACCCGGCUGUAAAAUCCGCCUUGAUAGGAGGCCACGGCCAUCCGGCACCGGUUCUCCUAAUCGAGCUCCUCCCCACCGCCGACGAGACACUCAAAAACGAUCACGAAAAGCUGGUUGAAUCCCUAACACCAUACAUCGACAAAAUCAACACCCGAUGCCACGAAUGCGUGCGUCUCUCCCCAGAACGAAUCAUCCUCGCGACGGAAGCCAAACCAUUCAUCCUCACCAUAAAGGGGAGUAUUGCCCGUCCGCAGACUCUAUCUCUCUACGAGGAGGAAAUUGCUUCGUUGUUUAAGGAGUCUAAAUAUUAUCGAUAGAGAUUAUAUUGACGGGAGUGAAUCUAAAUAUAUAGACACGUGCCAUCCAUCCAUCCAUUAAUUUACUCAUUCACUUGGUACCUCAUUCCGAAUACGAGGAAGGGAUUACAACAAAAGACUCUACUAUCAAUAUCCCUUCCCAUCGCAUCCCAUCCGUCGUCGAUUCUAUACCGACAAAAAGAAAAAGAGAGAGAGAUACCUCUUCCCGACUCAGAAACAACUCCGAACCUCCAUCCACGGUUUCUACAUACUAGUAAAUGAAAUAAAUAUACAUGGGAAGCAAUUGUUCCAAUAUUCCAUUAUUCAUCUUAUUAUUCUACUUUUCCUGGUCACUCAUCCACUCACUCACUCCUGCCUGGGUUCGGUUCAGUUGGGGGGGAGGGGUUUACCUAGUUUCCAUCUUUUGAAUCAAAACGAGGGUUUCUUUGGAGGAAAUGGGGAGGGGGAAGGUGUGUUAGUGGCCCUUACAUGAGU